CUAAACGAGGUAUCUAAAGAUAACAAAAUAGAUACUAAUUUUUUACGUUGCCGCAAUAGGGAGACAAUGUGGAUACAGUAAUGAGACGGGGAGAUGGAAAGGAAGAUGUGGGAAGAUAAAGGAAGGGGUCUAGAAGCAAAAUUAAUGUCAGGGGAAAGGAGAACUACCAUCACUAAGGCCUGAAUACAAAGUGAAGUUACUUUCAGAUUUAAAAGACUAUUAGGAACACAAGAUGGGGACUCCUGGUUCUGGAAGGAAAAGAACACCUGUAAAAGAUCGAUUUUCUGCAGAAGACGAAGCUUUGAGUAACAUUGCCAGAGAGGCAGAGGCAAGGCUGGCAGCAAAACGUGCUGCUCGAGCAGAAGCAAGAGAUAUACGCAUGAGAGAACUGGAACGACAACAAAAAGAGCACUCUCAUCAUUCCUUUGACCGGAAAUGGGGACAAAUUCACAAGUGGCUGGAAGAUUCAGAAAGGGCCAGGUAUUCCCACCAGUCCAGUCAUCAUCGUCCUUAUCUGGAAGUUGAGAGUACAUUGUCCCUUCGAAGUCCUGGAAGUCACAGGCUUACACCUUUUUCUCAAAUCCAGUACAGCACUCUCAAGGAUAAAUCAUCAAGAAUUUCAUCAUUAAAUCAUUCUCACAGUCAAUCUUAUGGAAUGAAGAAGAGAUCUUUUGGUUCUCAUAAAGACCUACUGAGUGGCCUCUACUUUGAUCAGAGGAACUAUAGCUGUCUUAAACAUAGCAAACCUACCUCUCCAUACUACAUUCGGCAGUCUUCUUCCCUCUACAGUGACCCUUUGGCGACAUCUAAGAGUAAAAGGGCUUCUCCUACUCCACAUUCUGGGCUGCUGAGAAGUACUAGUUUGGCAUCUUUAUACAGUGGUGGAUUAUAUAACCCUUAUGGUUCUCGAACUCCAUCUGAAUACAGUUAUUACUCAUCAAGAACAAGUUCAGCCCGAAGCAGUCCUGUGUUUAUCAGCGAUGACAACGUGAGCAUUGUGUCUUCUGAUCGUGCCAGUGGUGGGCAAAGGGACAGUGUGGUUUCUGCUGCUGAUUAUUUUAGUCGCACCAGUCGUAGGGGAAGCAUUGUCUCUGAUGUGGAUGACGUCAGUAUCCCAGAUUUGACCAGUUUGGAUGAAAAAUCUGACAAACAGUAUGCUGAAAAUUACACAAGGCCCUCAUCUCGAAAUUCUGCCUCAGCAACAACUCCUCUGAGUGGAAACUCAUCCAGACGAGGAAGUGGGGACACCAGCAGCUUAAUAGACCCAGACACCUCAUUAAGUGAAUUGCGGGAUAUCUAUGACCUUAAGGACCAGAUACAGGAUGUAGAAGGGAGAUACAUGCAGGGACUUAAAGAACUAAAGGAGUCUUUGUCUGAAGUGGAAGAGAAGUACAAGAAAGCUAUGGUUUCUAAUGCACAAUUAGACAAUGAGAAGAACAAUUUGAUAUACCAGGUAGAUACCCUGAAGGAUGUAAUUGAAGAACAGGAGGAACAGAUGGCAGAAUUUUAUAGAGAAAAUGAAGAAAAAUCAAAGGAGCUGGAAAGGCAGAAACAUAUGUGUAGUGUGCUACAGCAUAAGAUGGAUGAACUUAAAGAAGGCCUUCGGCAAAGAGAUGAACUUAUUGAGGAGAAUCAGCGCAUGCAGCAGAAAAUAGACACCAUGACAAAAGAGGUGUUUGACCUCCAGGAGACACUUCUUUGGAAAGAUAAAAAAAUUGGGGCCCUAGAGAAACAGAAAGAAUACAUUGCCUGCCUUAGGAAUGAGCGAGAUAUGCUCAGAGAGGAACUGGCUGAUCUGCAGGAGACAGUGAAGACAGGAGAGAAACAUGGCUUAGUUAUAAUCCCUGAUGGCACGCCCAAUGGUGAUGUCAGUCAUGAACCAGUGGUUGGAGCCAUUACUGUUGUGUCUCAGGAAGCUGCUCAGGUCUUGGAGUCAGCAGGAGAAGGGCCACUAGAUGUAAGGCUACGAAAACUUGCUGGAGAAAAGGAAGAGCUACUAUCACAGAUUAGAAAACUGAAGCUGCAGUUAGAGGAAGAACGGCAAAAGUGCUCCAGGAAUGAUGGCACAGCAGGUGACCUGGCAGGACUGCAGAAUGGCUCAGACUUGCAGUUCAUCGAAAUGCAGAGAGAUGCCAAUAGACAAAUAAGCGAAUACAAAUUUAAGCUUUCAAAAGCAGAACAGGAUAUAACUACCUUGGAGCAAAGUAUUAGCCGGCUUGAAGGACAGGUGCUGAGAUACAAAACUGCUGCUGAAAAUGCUGAGAAAGUUGAAGACGAACUGAAAGCAGAAAAGAGGAAGCUACAACGAGAGUUAAGAACAGCACUGGACAAGAUUGAGGAGAUGGAAAUGACUAACAGCCACCUAGCCAAGCGGCUGGAGAAGAUGAAGGCCAACAGGACAGCACUUCUGGCCCAGCAGUAGGAGGGUCACCCUUCGGCCUGUGUGCAGCUCUGUGGGGCCUGCCUGGCUCAGUGGGACUGACUCUUUGUAUAUUGACACAAACGCCUUUCAAGUACUGUUUGUUUUGUCAUUAAAACAGGCACCUUUGUAUUUUAUAAUUUAUGAGAAUGAAGUAGGUUUGAAUCUUAAUGAAUGAACACUUUGGUUUUUGUUUGUAGUUUUAUUCUAGACUAAAAACUGGUCCAUGCUGUCUUUAUUUUAAAUUUUAAUUUCAGAAUCAAGUUUACUCAUCGCCCCCCGCCCCAGCUGCCUCAGUGACUGGGCACUUGGAGGCCUUGGCUGGGGUCUGGAGGACAGCAGUUUUGAGUGCUCACCGAGACACUCGCUGGAGACCUCAGAAAACACAAGUGCCUUCUCCACAGUGCAGUGCAGACUUCAGUGACCUCCAGCGGGCAAAAGACAUUUCCCCUUCCGUCAGCAUUCAUAUCUUAGUGAAGAAAACAACUUCACUGUUGGAGAAUCUGUGUUUCACUCAAAUUUAUGUUCAGAGGGAAAAAACCUUUUUUGUAAAAUAUUUAAAUUUACAUAAGAAAAUGUUAGGAAAAUACAUGGGCAGUGUAUAUAAAACUUGCUUUACUGCAUGGGGUAGUGAAGUCCAAGACUUCUACUCUUAAAGCAAGAGUAGGGUCCUUAAUCUUCCAUAUCCACUGUGCUGUAUCUUGUAAAGUAUUUUCAUGUGCUGCUUAUUUGUGAAAUGAAACCUCAGGCAAGCCUUGAGGUGGAGGGAGGGGAAGGGCAGGCAGGUGGGCGAUCUGCCUGAAGAUUCUAUUAAACACAACACUUUUGCCAACCAUGAUUGGCUACUGACACAUUUAUUUUGAUAUAAGAGCCUUUAAAAGCAAAUCAUGGCAACCAUACCUUCCUGUCUUGCUGCUCUUCUUUUCUCUCUCAAGGAAAAGUAAUCUGGAAUAUAGAACCGUUUCUUCUAAGAACUGUUAAUUUCAUCUAAAGGCAUUCAAUCUGAGGUUGUUUUGUUUUUAAACCUUGAAGUUACAGAUAUGUCCACUUUGCAGGGUUUGUGAUGUUCGUUUGCUGUCAGAAUCAAGGUCGUUUUAUGGAAAUGAUUAUGUAGCUUCAAAGUGCUUAAACAAAAUAUACUGGGGAAAACUUUAAUGAAUUAAGACCAUUUAAGAUAAUACAACUAGACUUGAAACUAGAUAAUAAACUCAAAAGUGAAUAAAAUCUCCAGUAAUUGUU